AUGUUUACGCGUAACAGUCAAAUUGAAGAAGGUCGUCAAAAAGCUUUUCAAGGCGAUUUUUAUGGAGCCAUUGCUGUUUUUAAUAAAGUGACACCAGCUACCUUUGAUUCACUAUAUUAUCGAGGAUGUGCUCGUCUUGAAGUGGGCGAACGAAUCGAAAUAUACAAUUCUAUUGAAGAUUUCGAUCAAGCAUUGAAAAUUUCUCAUGUUAAAAUUGAUCCUAGUAUUUAUUAUAAACGUGCCUUUGCAUGUGAAUUGAUUGGCCAAUAUGCAGAAGCUAUUAUUGAUUACACUAUGUACAUUCAGUACUGUCCAGAUGAAGUUCAUAAAGGAUAUUUAAGUCGAGGUCUGGUUUACAGUGAGAUAAAACAAUUUCAAAAGGCACUAGAUGAUAUAAACUUUGCAAAUGAAGCACUACAACCGCCGCCUAUUUAUUAUGUGUAUUGUCGAGCUCGAGCUGAAGCUUCUCUAGGACAUAGUAAUAAAGCAAAAGCAAUAUUUAAUGAUCUUGCAAACAUGUGUCGCAAUGACUGUGACAAAUCAUCACAAAAAUUUGAAACUCACUUUUAUUGUGGUCUUGCUUCUUAUGAAUUAAAUAAUUAUUCUACUGCUCUGCAGCAAUUCAAUAAAGCGCUCAAGUAUAAUCAAAAUAAACGAGAAAGUGUUGAUACGCUCUUUUAUAUUGGCUUGACUCUAGAUGCACUUAAUCAAUGUGAACUUGCCAAAGAAAAACUUCGAUCUGCACUCACGCUCGACAAAAAUUAUACACGAGCUUUGUUUCGACUUGGAAUGAUGGAAAGCGAAAAUCCUGAUUUACAACCAGAAGCAUUGGAUUAUUUAACCAAAGCUCAUGAGCAAGCUCCUCAUAAAUCAGAUAUAUUAUAUGUACGUGGAGAAGUUCAUUAUAAAAUGGGACAGAUUGGAGCAUGUAUACGCGACAAGCAAUUAGCUUUGCAACUGGAACAUAGAGAAUUCGAUCUAGCGGCUAUGAAACAUUAUUAUGAGAUAAGACAAAUGUUCAAUUUUCUGAUUAUUAUUUCUCAAACAGUCUUCAAAGGUAAAAGAUAA